UUUCAUUGUGGGUUUGGAGGCGUCUGUCCUGAUGAAGUGUCGGCAGGGGAGGGAGGAGGAGACCAGAGAGAGAGGAAGGAAGGAAGCGAGGAUAACGUCACGAGAAGCAGAAUCGGAGUAAAACGGACUCUGUGGUGUUUCAUGGACAGUCCUUGAUGCGAGCCGGGCUCCGAGCUGCUUUUGGGGUUUUUUUUUUGUAAAAGACGACAUUUCGGUGUGUUCAGCGAGAGGAUGCUUUUGUGAAGAGACGGGAGGCGGUUCGCAGAGGAAAACGGCGACCUAUUAAGCAGCAGAUUUCCCAUCUCUUCUUUCUGGAGCUCCACUAAAGCCGAGAAAAUGUGUGGAGCCCUCCUCCGUUCGCCUGCUUGCUGAAAGGAUUUGCCUUAUAAUCGUGACAUAAGUGGACCUUCUCUGCUGCAGCUUCUUUCUUUUUUUAAUGACUGGAAAAGAUAUCUAGACUAACCCUGCGUAGGAUUUGUAAGUGGACUGUUUUUUUGGACGACGGGGGAGAAAAAAAGCAGCAGAAUCAUCGGGAGAAUUAACAGGUGACUGCUAAGACAAAUCCAAAAUGAGUGAGCUGGAGCAGCUUCGCCAGGAGGCCGAGCAGCUGAGGAACCAGAUAAGAGAUGCCAGGAAAGCAUGCGGAGAUUCAACCCUGACACAGAUAACAGCCGGUCUGGAUCCAGUGGGGAGGAUUCAGAUGCGGACGAGACGCACCCUCAGGGGCCACCUCGCCAAGAUCUACGCCAUGCACUGGGGAACAGACUCGAGGCUUCUGGUUAGCGCCUCACAGGAUGGAAAACUGAUCGUGUGGGACAGCUACACCACUAACAAGAUCCAUGCCAUCCCUCUGCGCUCGUCCUGGGUGAUGACCUGCGCGUACGCUCCCUCUGGGAACUACGUAGCCUGCGGAGGCCUGGACAACAUCUGCUCCAUCUACUGCCUGAAGACACGUGAAGGCAACGUCAGGGUCAGCAGGGAGCUACCUGGCCACACAGGUUACCUUUCAUGUUGCCGUUUCGUUGAUGACAAUCAAAUAAUCACGAGUUCCGGAGACACCACAUGCGCACUGUGGGACAUCGAGACGAGCCAGCAGACCACGGUUUUCUCCGGCCACAGCGGCGACGUCAUGAGCCUGUCCCUGGCGCCCGACCUUCGCACCUUCGUGUCGGGAGCCUGUGACGCCUCGGUCAAACUGUGGGACAUCAGAGACAGCAUGUGCCGGCAGACCUUCACAGGCCACGAGUCAGACAUCAACGCCAUCUGUUUCUUUCCCAACGGCAGCGCCUUCGCCACAGGCUCCGACGACGCCACCUGCAGGCUGUUUGACCUGCGUGCAGACCAGGAGCUCAGCCUCUAUUGCCAUGACAACAUCAUCUGUGGCAUCACCUCCGUGGCUUUCUCCCGCUCUGGCCGCCUGCUGCUGGCUGGUUACGAUGAUUUUAACUGCAACAUCUGGGACGCCAUGAAGGGAGACCGAGCAGGAGUCCUGGCCGGCCAUGACAAUCGUGUGAGCUGUUUGGGUGUGUCGGAUGACGGCAUGGCGGUGUGCACCGGGUCCUGGGACAGCUUCCUUAAGAUCUGGAACUGAGCCACAUAGAACCGCAAACACACAUACACACACACACACACACACACACACACACACACACACACACACACACACACACACAUGCACACAUACAUGCAAACAUGCACGCACAUGUCCGACAAACAGGCACCGCUCCCACUGCUUGGGACACAGUUUGCACCCUGUAAUCACUGUAUGUAAGAUUCAAUCCGCAACAUUUUACUGUACAUAAUAUAUAUGACUUAGGUAUGAGUUUACACACACAGACAAACACACACACACACACACACACACACACACACACACACACACAUACACAUAUGCACGCACACACAUGAAAACAUCCCGCUGUAUGCAGAACAAGCCCUGAACACAUGCCCACACUACCUUCAGCUGAUUUAAGUUUAAAACAGCAAGGCUAUAGUUACACAGUGACUUGGUAUGAGUUGAGACACACACACACACACACACACACACACACACACACACACACACCAACAUUUGUGAAAUGUAAAAAAAAAAGAAAAAAAGUGACCAAAAAAAAGUUGGAUCUUCAGCUGCUCGAAUACACAAAUGCCACUUUUAGCUGAAACCUUUUCACACGUCUAACAUGCUCAUUUAGAAACACACAAACACACACAGACGUGCACACACACAUAGACAUGCACACACAUGCACACACACACACAUAGACAUGCACACACACACACACACACACACACACACAUAAAAACACUUUUUCCUGAGAGACACGGCUUCUCGAGUCAAACAUGGGGAGAGACAUUAUUGGACAAUUCUGUCUUUGUUUACAAUGAAGUUGAAAAAUGCACUUCAGAUAAAAAAAAUUCUCGACUAUUUUGGUCUCGGUACCCCCACGUAUCUCAGCGAUGCUAAUGUGAAGGAAGAACAGUGUUUGUGGCAGAGAGUCAUGUGAGUCCUUGAAUACUGAAAAACAAACAACCACUGAAAGCCGGGCCGGGCCGCCGAUCGCCACAGUCCGAGGAAAACAUUAACUCCUGUUUUCAACUGGCUCCUAACAUCGAAUCAGUCAGAGUUUUUAUAGAUAUGUACCCCCUGCAUACAGUACAGUACAUCUGCUCUUCAGUUUUUCUUUUAUACUUAUUUUAUUCAUGUUCUCCCUGUGUGCCUCAGAUACACUUUAAGGAUUAUUAUUAGAGAAUAUUGAUGAAGUUAAAUUAAGGAAAAAAAAAAAAAAAAAAAGAUUUGAAACUCAGAAGGUGGGUGAAGAAAAAAAAAAAAGCAUUGUAAGACGCAUCUUAAUAAAGCAGGAGCCAGCAUUCGUACUUUGACUUUGUCAUUGUAUUGUCUGGACAUUAUGAUGGUAUAAUUGUACAUAAUAUUAAUAAAUGAUAGCCUCUCCUGCCA